AUGGCCUCCGAAACCGAAGUCAAGUCUUUUCGAGACAUGCUGGGUGCGCCUCGUCUGACUCUGACGGCAAGCCCGCAAGACAGCACCCUGAUAUGCCCAAGGCCAAUUGGAGACCAUCGACGUAGAGCAGACCCGCAAAGCGAUCGCUUCGCUCUCGAAAAGUACCGCGCUGGCGGGGAUGGGAAGAACAUUGUGCAUGUCGUGCACAAGACCCUUGACGGCGUACCGGUGUUCACGGCCGGCACGGCGCUCGCCGUGGAGUUCGACGAGUUGAAGCCCCAGCCAGGCGAGAAAGUCAUCCAAAAGGAACUGAUCUCCAGCUUCGUGGCGAUAGACUUGCACGAGUACUUGAUCAGGCUGGGCGAGCGAGGCCGGAAAACCGUGUUGACGGGGUACAUGGCGCAUGUAUGCGUGAGCACUACAGCUCGAGCGGGCGCUGAUCUAGGCAAAAAUGUCGUGCUAGCUGUCGACGCUAUUGGAGAUAGGGACAUUCCAGGUUUCACAGGCCCGGAGGUCACCGAUGCGCGUUUGAAGAAGUUGGGCGACGCCUUUGGAACCGUGGCUCAGAGUGUCGAAGUCCAAUCAAGGUAUAGGUAA